CCACAUGCUUCCUAGCUUUUCAGGGAGUAAAGCAAGAAGUGGAAGAGAGACUGUUGGGAGAGAGAAAGUCUGAUUGCCGUGUGAAGUCUCUCUUUCUCUUUCUCUCUCUCUCUCCCUCUCUCCUCUCUCCUUCUGACUCCAUGGCUCCUUAGCGUCAGAUUUAUCACCAGCGUCCCUGCUUCUAUUGAACCUAAAAGUUUAUAUGUAAAAAAGUCUCACCAAAAUCUUGGAAACUAUGGAUAUUCGGAUGAAACGGAGACCGUGGAUGCAAGAGCCUAUAAUUGUUGUGUUCGUCCUGUGCUUAAUUCUCCGGGCACAAGCAGAUCCGGUUGAUGUUUUGCGGGUUCUGCAGAUUCCUUCCCUCCCUGAAGGUGUUCAAAAGGUUCCAGGCUUUUGUGUCUCGCGCCAUAGCGGUACUGAUCAUGCCUACCGCAUCAGCAAGAAGGCCCAAAUAUCUGCUCCAACCAAGCAACUGUUCCCAGGUCGUUUUCCAGAGAACUUCUCCAUCAUGACCACAGUGAAGGCCAAGGCUGGGCUUCAAGCCUUCCUAUUGUCCAUCUACAAUGAGCAAGGAGUGCAGCAGUUAGGAGUGGAGCUGGGACGCUCCCCCGUCUUCCUGUAUGAGGACCAGAGUCGCAUGCCUACCCCUGAAAACUACCCCUUGUUCAAGGGCGUCAACCUGGCUGACGGCAAGUGGCAUCGCAUUGCUAUUUCUGUGCAGAAGAAAAACGUGACUCUUUUCCUUGACUGUAAGAAGCAAAUGAUAAGACCCCUUCCCAGAAGUAACAAACCAGUGGUGGACAACAAGGGCAUCACUGUUUUUGGUUCUCGUCUUUUGGAUAGCGAAGUUUUUCAGGGCGAUAUCCAGCAGCUGUUGAUUGCCUCCAAUGCUCAGGCAGCCUAUGACUUCUGUGAGCAUUACAGUCCAAACUGCAAUUCCCCUCUGCCGGGGAUUCAGGCCCAGGACCCCAACACUUUUGGCAGCAAGAAAACCAAAUCCAAUUCCCUCACUAAAACAGUCAAGUCUUAUAUGGCAACACCUAGCUCAGCUAAAUCAGCUAAAAAUAAACCUUCUCCAGGCAAGCAAACUAAAUUAGGCUUGAAUAAAUUUGACGUGAUUAAGAGUUCUAAGAGCAGAGCUACAAUUGUAAACCACAAAAUAGCUCCACAUUCUGGCAUUAAGUCAACUUUAGUGGCUAAGGCAGGCCCUUAUGGAAAACCCACUGUAGUAAAUAAAAAGAACAGUGGCAAAGCAUCUGGAAACAAAAAGCCUAGUGGUAUCAGUGUAAAUGGAAAGCCGGCUAUAAAUGCUGUUUCUAAAGCCAAAAACAGCAGCAACAGAAAGGUGGAAGUUGUAAAAAAAACAAAUGCUGGCACUAGAGGCACUCUCAAAGUAGAUGUAGGAAAAAAGGCAGCAGCAGGGAACGCUCACAAAGCUUAUGGCAAGAAGGAGAAAACGCAAAGGAUGACAAAACCUCACACAACUUCUUCAAAACGAUUCCCGCCCUUCACCACGUCUGCGGCCAGGGGCACCUUCACCUUGACUGCAGAAAAACUCAAGACGAAUCCAACCAAUGGUUAUAAACAGGUGCAUGAGACUGUAAUGGGUGAAGAAGUGGAAGAAGGUGAGAUGGUUUCUGAGGUCUUUGCUGAGGAGCCUGUGACUGAACAAUUUGAAAUGAAGGAAUAUGAAUAUUCCUACAAGGACUACAAUGAGCCCGUUCCUGAAGGAGACACGGUUGGUGACGUGGGCCAUGCCCUGCCCGCUGUCACACAUGAGGGUGGUGCUGCUGUAAAGGCCCAGAAGGGAGAGAAGGGAGAACCUGCUGUGCUUGAAUCUGGAAUGUUGAUUGAGGGUCCACCAGGGCCAGAAGGACCAACUGGUUUCCCCGGCCCUUCAGGGCCUCCAGGACUUCCGGGAUCCGUAGGCGAUCCAGGUGAAAGGGGUCCAACUGGGAAAGCAGGUCUGCCCGGAGCUGAUGGAGUUCCUGGACCUCCUGGCUCAUCUGUCAUGCUUCCGUUCCGCUUUGGACAAAGUGGUGGCGAAAAAGGUCCCAUUGCCUCCGCACAGGAGGCCCAUGUUCAGGCCAUUCUGUCUCAAGCUCGGUCAGCUUUGAUGGGUCCACCUGGGCCGAUGGGCUUUACUGGAAGAACUGGACCUGUGGGAGAACCUGGAAGCAAUGGUCUGAAGGGAGAGAGUGGAGAUCCUGGACCACAGGGUCCCAGAGGUCCUCACGGGUUAACUGGACCCCCUGGUAAAGCUGGUAGAAGAGGCAGAGCUGGUGCUGAUGGUGCUCGUGGAAUGCCAGGAGAGCCUGGAUUUAAGGGAGACCGUGGUUUUGAUGGGCUGCCUGGUCUGCCAGGAGAUAAAGGUCAUCGGGGAAAUUCUGGCAUAAUGGGACCACCAGGACCCCAAGGAGAGGAUGGAGAGAGAGGAGAUGAUGGAGAUGUUGGACCCAGAGGACUCCCAGGUGAACCUGGGCCUCGUGGCUUGCUGGGGCCAAAGGGUCCCUCAGGAGUCCCUGGACCUCCAGGUGUGCGGGGAAGCGACGGACCUCAUGGGCCAAAAGGAAACUUGGGCCCACAAGGAGAGCCAGGUCCUCCAGGCCAGCAGGGGGCUUCAGGAACACAGGGAAUGCCUGGUCCUCAAGGUGCUAAUGGUCCUCCAGGAGAGAAGGGACCUACAGGAAAGCCAGGUCUGCCAGGCAUGCCCGGAGCUGAUGGUCCUCCUGGUCAUCCAGGAAAGGAAGGCCCCGGGGGAACGAAAGGAAAUCAGGGUCCUAAUGGUCCUCAGGGUGCUGUUGGCUAUCCUGGUCCUCGUGGAAUUAAGGGGAUUCAAGGGAUCCGUGGUCUAAAGGGUCAUAAGGGAGAAAAGGGAGAAGAAGGUUUUCCUGGAAUCAAAGGAGAUUUCGGUUCUAAAGGAGAAAGGGGUGAGGUCGGAGUGCCAGGUCUCAGAGGAGAGGACGGGCCUGAGGGUCCAAAAGGACGUGUUGGUCCUCCUGGUGAGAUUGGACCACUUGGGCUGGUUGGAGAAGGUGAGCCUGGUAAACUCGGUGUGCCCGGGCUACCUGGCUAUCCUGGAAGACAAGGACCUAAGGGCUCACUCGGUUUCCCAGGAUUCCCUGGUGCAAAUGGAGAGAAAGGUGCAAGGGGUCUGAUCGGUAAAGCUGGGCCAAGAGGACUGAGAGGACCGACGGGACCCAGAGGACAGAGAGGACCUCGUGGUUCUACCGGAAAAUCGGGUGCUAAGGGUUCAUCUGGUAGUGAUGGCCCUCCUGGACCACUAGGCGAGAGGGGAUUACCUGGAACUCAAGGAGUAAACGGAUUUCCUGGACCAAAAGGACCUCCUGGGCCUCCAGGAAAAGAUGGACUGCCUGGACACCCUGGACAGAGAGGAGAAGUUGGGUUUCAAGGCAAGUCUGGACCUCCUGGGCCACCUGGAGUUGUUGGACCUCAGGGUCCUUCUGGAGAUACAGGCCCACUGGGAGAAAGAGGCCACAGUGGACCCCCUGGACCACCAGGUGAGCAAGGCCUUCCUGGCCCUUCAGGUAAGGAAGGAACCAAAGGAGAUCCUGGUCCUCCUGGUGGCCCAGGAAAAGAUGGACCUCCUGGAUUGAGAGGCUUUCCUGGAGAGAGAGGACUCCCUGGAACCCCAGGUAUUGGUGGACUGAAAGGAAAUGAAGGCCCGGCCGGACCCCCUGGGCCUGCUGGCUCACCAGGUGAGAGAGGCUCUGCAGGCACAGCUGGCCCAAUUGGCCCCCCUGGAAGACCUGGACCCCAGGGACCCCCUGGAGCUGCAGGAGAAAAAGGAGUUCCUGGAGAGAAAGGCCCGAUUGGCCCAGCUGGUCGUGAUGGCAUUCAGGGCCCAGUUGGGCUUCCAGGCCCUGCUGGACCUGCUGGUGUUACAGGAGAGGAUGGUGACAAAGGUGAGGUUGGAGAGCAUGGGCAUAAGGGCGGAAAGGGAGCCAAGGGAGAACAAGGUCCUCCUGGUCCACCUGGGCCAAUAGGCUCUGUUGGACAGCCUGGUGCUCCUGGUGCUGAUGGUGAAACAGGUGCCAGAGGUCAGCAGGGUGCAUUCGGUGCUAAAGGAGAUGAAGGAACAAGAGGAUUUCCCGGUCCUCCAGGUCCUAUUGGGCUACAGGGAUUGCCAGGCUCAGCAGGAGAAAAGGGUGAAACAGGAGAUGUUGGACCACUGGGUCCUCCUGGACCUCCUGGACCACGAGGCCCAGCAGGUGCUAAUGGUGCUGAUGGUCCCCAAGGUCCCCCUGGCGGUUUGGGUAACCCAGGUCCACCUGGAGAGAAGGGUGAACCGGGUGAAUCUGGACCACCUGGUGUUGGUGGAGAGCCAGGAAAGAAGGGCCCCAGAGGAGAACGUGGUGAAAAAGGUGAAGCUGGCCAGCCAGGUACUUCUGGUCCUGCAGGUGGAAAGGGACCCACUGGAGAUGAUGGACCUAAAGGAAAUCCUGGUCCUGUCGGGUUCCCUGGUGAUCCUGGUCCUCCUGGAGAAGUUGGGCCUAGAGGCCAAGAUGGAGCAAAAGGAGACAGAGGAGAGGAUGGCGAACAAGGAGAAUCAGGGUCGCCAGGACCUUCUGGUGAAAACGGACCACCUGGGCCUACAGGAAAAAGGGGGCCAGCAGGCACAAGAGGACCUGAAGGCCGUGAAGGAGAGAAGGGCAGCAAGGGAAAUUCAGGAGCUCCUGGAGCUCCAGGGAAGACAGGUCCUGUCGGGCCUCAAGGUCCUCCUGGAAAGCCAGGAACAGAGGGUCUGAGAGGACUCCCCGGUUCAGUGGGAGAGCAAGGUGCUCCUGGCCAAACAGGUGAUAAAGGACCAUCUGGACCUGUGGGUCCUGCAGGGCUUCCAGGUCUGCGUGGUGACUUUGGUGCGAAGGGUGAAAAGGGACAUUCAGGUAUGAUUGGUCUGAUUGGACCUCCAGGUGAGCAGGGCGAAAAGGGAGACAGAGGAUUGCCUGGACCUUAUGGAUCAGCUGGGUCCAAGGGAGAAACUGGGAUGUCUGGUGGAACUGGUCCUCUGGGCCCUUCUGGUCCUCCUGGUUUGCCUGGCCAAAGAGGUGUCAAGGGAACAAAAGGUGCUAUGGGAGGUGGAGGUCCCAAAGGAGAGAAAGGUGUACAAGGGCCUCCAGGACCGCCUGGACCUCCUGGUGAUGUCAUCCAGCCCCUACCUUUUACAAUCCCGAAAAAGUCCAAGCGCUCCAUUGAUGCCAGUAAGAUGUUCUCUCCUAAUGACGAGGCUUCCCCAGGUGAUGCCACAGGUCCCGGAUUUUUCACUGGCAACGAAGACAUGGAGGAGAUUUUGGGAUCUCUGAACUCACUUCAGGCCGAGAUUGAGAGCAUGCGUUUCCCGCUUGGAACAAAGGAAAGCCCGGCCCGCACGUGCCACGACCUCCAUCUGAGUCAGUCAGAAUACAAAGAUGGUGAAUACUGGAUCGAUCCAAACCAGGGCUGUGCUCGCGACUCUUUUAAGGUCUACUGCAACUUUACAGCAGGUGGAGAGACAUGCCUCUAUCCCAGCAAGGAAGUGGAGAAUGUAAAGAUGAAGUCUUGGCCAAAUGAGAAGCCUGAGUCAUGGUAUAGCCAGUUUUCUAAAGGAAGCCAGCUUUAUUAUGUGGAUAUAAAUGACGAUCCUGUGGGAGUGGUGCAGCUGGGAUUCCUGCGGUUGCUCAGCAUUCAAGCUCGUCAGAGCUUCACCUAUCACUGCCACCACUCAGUAGCCUGGACUGAUAACACUGCUGAGAACAGAUAUCAGAGAGCACUGCGCUUCCUGGCUGCUAAUGAGGAGGAGCUUAGUUACGAGACCAGUCCUUAUAUCAAGGCACUUGUUGAUGGCUGCUCUUAUCGUAAAGGCUAUGGUAGGACGGUUCUGGAGAUAAACACACCUCAAGUUGAGCAACUUCCUCUAAAGGACAUCAAGAUCACAGACUUUGGGGAGACCAGUCAGAAGUUUGGUUUUGAAGUUGGACCUGUCUGUUUCCUGGGAUAAAUUUACAGACAUGCCGAGAACGAAAAAUAACAAAACAAAGGAAAUACAAAAUUAGACACACAGAUGAGACGCAAUAACUUGGAUUCAUUCGAAUAUGCAUUUAUAUGGCAUGGAUGUAUGCCAGAAUAAAUACAUGAUUAAAGACUAUCUGAGAUGUGGACACACACACACACACACACACACACACACACACACGCACACACACACACAUUGUGAAGUCAUUGUGAAGCAAAGGAAGUAGAAAUGAAGAGAAAAAAACAACUCCAGCUUGAGGGUGAGAUGAGAUAGACGGAGAGAAAAGAAAACCGUCUAGAUGGUGAAAAACCAAGUCAAGCUCGAAAUGUGAUGAGGAUAUUUUCAAGAAGAAUGUUGUGGAACAAACUGAAGACCCGUUGGAGGAACUUCUACAGCGAACUUCUUCUGCAUUUUACAUCGCCUUCCUCCUUCUCUUUCCUUCUCUCCUUCCGGUACCUUCUCCAGGUGUCCUACUCUACCUCCGAGCUUCAACCUUCACAUCCACAAUCUCAUCAAAUCCCUGUGUGAUCGUGCUCACUCCAUAUGAAGUCAUUAUUUUGAAGGUAAAAUAAAUAAAAAAAUCGUGUUUCCAUACUGUAAUAAAGCCAUGUGGCAACAUUUUGUACUGUCCCCCCUCCCCCUUUUUUGUUUCCAAUAUACGCAGUGGAUAUGUCUAAACUGCAUUGCCGUGCUGUACAUGCCUUGUAGAUUGAUUAAAGCUAGAGUUUUCAAGUUAUGUCGACAAACCCUUGGACCCAGUAUUAAGAAUACCCCCCCUCUCUCCCAAAAAAAAAAAAAAAACAGAGACACGCUGGUUUGUAGCUAUAACAAGCUACGAGCUAGCUUAGCUUACUAAGCAUGGGCCGUUUGUCGUUAUAUAAAACAAACGGUAUUUUGUUGUGCUUUAAAGCCAAAUUUCCUCUGUGCUGUAAAGAUCAAGAACAUCCUCUGAAUGAAUCAGUUCACCAUCACUAACCCUCACUCCUGCUCGUGGUGGAAAAAUGUGAAUUAGAAAGCAUUUGUAUAGAAAUAUUUGAUUGUAUUUAUUUUUCGAAAAGGUCAUUAAAAACAAGGUGAUCGAGCAGACCGAACACUUUUGCAGUACGAAAUAAAAAUGUGGUGCUUUUUCUUUUCACCUGUUUUAACCUGUUUACACUACCGUUCUGUGUUCACAUGACGGGUUGCUUAUAGAUCACAGUGUACAUCCCAGUACCAAUCCCAGUCCAGGAGAAUGUACCUCACGACAUUAAAACAUUAAAACAGUUGAACAACU